AUGACAAGACCAAACCAGCGGAUGUUGGGCGUAGAAUGGAAGCACGAGGCAAAUGGGAAUGCCAGAUCAAGGUCAAGUCACCUCCUCUACUCUUCUCAUGUCAUCGCAUCUCAUUUCCCACUCAAUUCCUCUUAGGCGCGGCGCUCCCGCUAGGACUUUAUGGCCGCUGGCGUUGGUCUGGAGUAGGGAGGAUGAUAUUUUAAAUGCCUCACCAAAACCCGGUGUCGUCCAGCGUUCGCGAAUGGUUGGUGCGGAGGGGAGGCGAGGGGGAGGAGAUCCCUCGAGCCCAGCGGGAGUUCAGGUACGAGGACAGCAACAGCCAGGAAGCACGCUAUUCUUGCAGGAGCAGUUGUCUGUUGCCCUGCCAUGCUACUUUCUUGCAGAUGCAGGCCCACAGAGCAGAGGGCGAGGAUGGAAGUCUGAGGACUCUACUAGAGUAGUAUACGAAGAUCCUAUGAAUGCCCUUGAGUACUAA